AAAAUAAACAAAUAAUAAUCUUUAAAUAUAUUAUUAUAUCAAUAUAUACUACAAAAUAGAUAUAAAAGUAACAAACAAAUAAAAAAACAAAAAAUAAAAACAAAGGCAAUUAUUAGCUGCUGAGAUAUUUGGAAUUAUGCACCUUAGCCAAGGUUGCUUGACUCCUUUGCUCAUUCCAACUUGUAUUGCAUUGAUUCUCACCGUUGUACUCUCUUCUAAAUGACAUCUCAACAUGGAUAAAAUUAAAUAAUUAUGCUAUUUAGUAACAAAUAAAAUAAGCACAAAAAAUAAAUUAAAUUCUAAUAGUUUUGAUUCUCAAGGAAUGAUCUUUCAACCUAAAAUGGGGACAUUUGAAAAUUUAAAAGCGAUUUUUCUUCCUCCUUUGCUCCCUUCUUGCAUUUUGGAAAUUUAGAAAAAAAAGAAAAAGAAAAGAAAAGCAAAGAAUGCACAAAAUUCAAAAUAGCAUAUAUACCAAGAAUAGAUAUCAGAUGUUUUAGUGAAAAUCUAAAGUGAUUAAACUCUAGAGCGAAGUAAAGGGUGAAAGAGCAAUGGAUACUUUUGAGAAUAGAGGAGUGUAGAAAAUUAAUCUAGGGUCCCUUGAGAAGGGAGACUCAGGUAAGGACAAAUGAUCGGGUAAGGGUAUUCUUAUUGUAACUGCCAUAUACUUGUGGUAAAAAGCCGAGGUGCGGCAAGCCUUGACCCCUGUCCAGUGACCGGCAGAGAAUCGAGGUGCGGCAGACCUGUGUCCUGUCUAUACAUGCCCUUACACUAUUCCCCUCCUCCCCCCCAAAGUCAUUCACUUGUGAAUGAUGAAAGGAAGAUGAGAAAUGUAUGAAUGGUCACAAUCGAGGUGAAAGACUGGUCAUGCGUUUUGGGUCGUAGCCGAGGUAAAAAUGUAUGGCACGCAGUCGUGUUAUGGUCAUAGCUAAGCGAGAUGACUCACUGUGGCCGUAGCCGAGAUAACAUUGGUGACACAAGGUCAAUACGGAUGGAGGCGAAGCUAAAUGAGUGGACUUGAGAUCAGUGGUCGGAGACGAAGUCAAGGGAGUUAUUUGAGGUCAUUGUGGCCAGAGCUGAAAUAAAAUGAGUGACUUGAUGUCACUGUGGCAGAGCCGAAGUGAAAUGAGUGACUUGAUGUCACUGUGGCGAAGCCAAGGUAAAAUGGGUCACUUGAUGUCACUGUGGCCGGAGCCGAAGUACAAUUAGUGACUCAAUGUCACUGUGGCCGGAGUCGAAGUAGAAUGAGUGACUUGAUGCCAUUGUGGUCGGAGCUAAGGUAAAAUAAGUGACUUGAUGUCACUGUAGCCGAAGCUGAAGUAAAAUGAGUGACUUGAUGUCACUUUGGCCGGAGUCAAAGUAAAAUGAGUGACUUGAUGUCACUGUGGUCGGAGUCGAAAUAAAGUGUGGACACUUGGUAAUUUUGUGGACAAAAACAUAUAUGAAGGGGUUCCAAAUGGGCCUUAAAUGGGCCUAUUUAUGAAGCCCCAAAGUUGGUUAAUGUACCAAAGAUAGCUAUCAUUGAAGGACGUGCAGUAAUAAAUAUCAUCUGCAAAAAGUAACUGUCACAUUCAAAAGGACGUGACGGUAAAUUAAACAGUGCAUUUGAAAGGGCAAGGUUACAACUGUUGAAUGCAAUUGAUCGUGACCAUUAAGAUCUGUAUUUGCCGUGAUAUAUAUAUCCACACUUAAUGCAAAAAUCUAAUUCCUUUUGCUGUUAACAUUGCGAAAAACACGUAUCGAUUUUUUUGCAUUCUGCGUUGUUCGUCCUUUUUCAACCGAAAUCAGGUAAUUUGUGAGCGUCUUUUUUCUACUUUUCUUUAUAGUGAGAAUGUUUUCUGAAGAGACGGUUAGUGAUGAAAGAGUUAGGGGGAGGGAUUUGGGGGUGCCCCUAAAUAUUUUGGAGAGAGAGGAUGAAAGGGAGGAGAGUUUCAACCCUGAGGAAAAGAUUGUUUGUGGGGUGAUGGGGUAUGAAAUGUCUCUGGAAAAUAGAAGUGGUUUGGCCCACUUAGUUGAAAACUACGAGGUGCCUAAGCAUGUGUUAGUGAGGCUGGCAGGGAGGAGAAAGAGGGCUUGUUCAGCUCAGGGGGCCAUUGGAUGCCCUUAUAUUCCCAUUACCUGGCGGCUAGGCUGCGGUUCCCCAUCCCAGACCUGUUGGUGUGGUUGUUGAUGGAGUAUGGUUUAGGGUUAAUAUAGCUCACCCUAAACG